AGCAGUCAAAAUCUUCUUGAAAGUCACUCUUGACGAUGUAACACUGCCAGCCAUCUGCACUUCUCAGAGCUUCUGCUUCUGCAUGCAUCUCUCCGGCCUGCCACACUCGUCCUCUUUCUUCUGAACUUUCUUUUCUUUUUUAGGACAUGGGUGGACUAGUUUAUGAUGACUGGUAACAUUUCUUCAUCUAACUAAAAGUUUUAGAAGCAGCAUCAGGAGACAAGAUUGAUUGAAAAUAGUACUUGUGCGCUAAGUCUGCUUUCAUAAGGUUCUUGGAAAUAAUACAAGGAGGAGGAGGGGCCCGUUAAUGAGACUGACCUCAUUUUGGACCUGGACUGUUUCACUUUCAAGGAAAGCUUCACUCCUUAGUGAUUUUUUUUUGGAUUUAUAUCCUUUAAAAAAGAAUAACAAAAUGCUGAUACACCCAUCUGCCUAAAGACAGCUUUGAACGAGGCAAAAUUAGACUGAGUUCAGGAAUACCUGAAAAGAAGAGGGACCAAAGCGGCCUGAAAACGUCAAACUCUCAGUUACACUUUAGUCCACAACAGUGAAGUUGUCUGCUUGAGCUGGUGGCGCAGCUUCACUUAUUUCUGUUUUCACCAUCGACUAAACUUUGAAUAUGUCUGCCUUGUGGCUGUUAUUCGUCUGGUCUUUUUUGAUUUCACUGACCAAACAAACAACUGCUCCCGACUACGGACUUCUGCCAAAAUUUGUGUGCUCACCCAUACCAGUUGAUUCAGAUCCUGGGUGUUCUGGAAGCAGACAUGCAUCACCAGCUGGGGCAGGUUCUUGGGGAGGACUAACAGAUGAUGCUAAAACAACCAUCUUACACCUGCGGGAGACCAUCGUUCAGCAGAAAGAAACCAUCCUUGACCAGAGGGAGACAAUCCGCGAGCUCACGGCCAAGCUCACUCUUUGCGAAGGAUUUGGGGGAACUCAUGAGGGCCCAAGCCUGGGGGCACAUCCUCUGGAACCUGAAGAUGGUUUUCAUGGUCGGGCUGCACUACACCACCUGAACCAGCUUGGUCAUUCUUCUGGACACCAUUCUGAAGGGCACUCGGGAGCCCAUCAUCUCUCAGAGCCUUACAUGUCUCAUGGGGUCCAUGUUCCAAAUAAGAACACCAUGGGAGACCCUCCUAAACACAAGGAAUCAGUCGAUCAAAUGGGAAGAAUGUUGCAGUCACUGAAAGAGAGACUUGAGAAUCUGCAGCACACAAAAAAUACAUCAACCACUUACUCCAACUCUUUAAGGGACCUUCUUCAAAGGAAGAUCAGCACCUUGGAGCACCAGAUUCAGCAGCGACUACAUUCUGAAAGGGAUGAUGGAGAAGGAGGGGAACAUGGCCACGAGGAUGAAGAUGAGGAAGGAGAUGAACAUGAAGAGGAUGAAGAAGGCGAGGAAGGCAGGGAACAUCACAGUGAUCAUCACCACAACAACAAUACAGCAGAUCACCAUGACAGCCAAGAUGCUCACAACAACCAUGAUACUCAUGCACCUAGAUAUGCCCCUCAUCGGAGUACCUCAAAAGGUCACGAGGACCAUACACCUCAUGACUAUCACCGCACAUCAGCCAAUAUUCAUGGAAGCCACCAUCAUAAACUUGAUACAGUUAUGAACCAUCUGCACCAAAGAAGUGCCGAAAAAGCUGCACUGACACACAAGAAGACAAAAGGUCCAGAUGAUUUUCAGAUUGGAUUCCCAAUGCGUACCAACUACAUGUAUGGCCGUGUGAAACGGACACUGCUCCAUGAACUAUUUGCCAUGACUCUUUGCUUGUGGCUCAAGUCCAGCUCAUCUCCUGGAGUGGGUACCCCAUUCUCCUACUCGGUUCCAGGCCAGGCCAAUGAGCUUGUCCUCAUUGAAUGGGGCAACAAUCCCAUGGAACUGCUGGUUAAUGACAAGGCUGUCACACUUCCGCUUUCUAUCAAUGAUGCCAAGUGGCACCACAUUUGUGUGACGUGGUCUACACGUGAUGGUUUAUGGGAAUCAUACCAGGAUGGCACCAAGCGUGGCACAGGAGAAAACCUAGCAGCUUGGCAUCCCAUCAAACCAGGAGGCAUUUUUAUCCUGGGGCAGGAACAGGACACUUUGGGUGGUCGUUUUGAUGCCACGCAAGCCUUUGUUGGGGAGAUGUCAGAUCUUAAUAUGUGGUCACAUGUCCUUACACCAAGUGAGAUCUACAGUCUGGCCACAUGUGGAAGCCAUGCAACUGGUGAUAUCAUCGCUUGGACAGAAUCAGUUAUUGAACUUCAUGGGGGUGUGACAAAGUACCCCUUUGAUCCCUGCCAUUAAAAGAUGGGAACUGUACAAGGCUUUGUGAUGCUAUGGCAUCCUCUGUGGAGUGCUGUUAAGUUGUUAAUUGCAGGGACAGCAAAACCUUCACCCUCUCUGGAACCUUCUUUCAUGCCCACCGGCAGAGAACUCCCUAAGUACCUGAAUAUGGUGCCUCUGUUUCCAGUUGACCAUUUCAUGUAAGGGUAAGAUGACAUAAAGGCAGAACUGUUUUAGAAUACCGUUAUGGAAUUGCUUUAUAUUGGAUUUCAUCAGGUUUUAUGAGUCAUAUGCAAUUGCUCCACAGUGCUAAUAUGUAACUUGCAUUGUUCAUGGGUUUCUGACUAACAAAGAGACUUACAUUACUGCCAAGCUGCUUAAUUGCAGCAAAGCACAAAUUAGCCUUAGGAGAAUGUCCUUCAAAGAGUGAGGACAUAAAUAUCUCAUUAAGUUUUAUCAAACUGACUGAAUAUUAAUUUGAAAAAGGCAGAGAGUCAUCACAAACAUAAAGGCCAGAUUAUAGUAGAAGGGAGACAAGGCAUGAUCAAAAAUGAUUUAAACAAGCUUAUGUAAACUCUCUGAAUCUGCUUAAAUCAAAAGAUCAUGCAUUAGCCAUGUGUGUUUCGUCAUUUGGCUGUCAAAGGCGUGAAAGGACCAUACCAUUCGUGGAGGUAAAGGUUUAUGGUUUCCUGUAGAUAUGGCCAAAUUACAAUCAUACCUUUAUAAUUUUGUAAUGCAUUGUAAAUAGUGACAUCAGACUCUUUUUCUCAUUGUAUGUAAUUGCCACUGACUAUCACUUUAAUGGUGCCUAGCUUAGGUUUUUUAGUGAAAGGGGUAUUUUGGCUAACCGGAAAACGGUGUAAACAAAACUUGAAGUAGGUUUUAGGGUUAAAUGUAAAUUUCAGUAGCUGAUGACUGGUCAAAAAUUUCAAUAUACUUGAUUUUGAUUGUGUGAUAAAAUGGAAAUCGGUUAAAGAAGAUGCAAGAGCUUAGAUGUGUCACAUGAAUAUGAAUAUGCAGCUGUUGUUGAAAACGAAUGGAAAAUACUGUGCUAAGUUUGCUUUCUAAAUUAACAGUUCUUAACGCCUGUAUGUCUAGAAUAAUCACCUGUUCAUUCGUUUAUGUUCCAGUAUAAUAACACAUAAUACUGUGCAAAACUUGAGAUGGGCAUACUGCAUAUCGUUGUAUGCACGUGUUUGAAAUCAUUUAUGUCACAUUAAAGGACUUUUUAUGUUUUAAAAACUAUCUUCAGUGUUCUUAAUGGAAAAUGUUUAUAUGUAAAUAUUUUAAACAUGUAAUCUGUUACUUAAUUUGCUGGAAAUAUUUGUAAAUAAAGCUUUUGACAAAGA